AGCUCAUACAAGGGGAGAUAACUCACAGAGCAAUCGAAAACGUACUGAAAAUUUCGAAUUAGAAUGAAAGAUGGGACGUCGUUCAGUUGACGAAUACGAUGAUAAAAAAUCAAAGAAGAAGAAGAAAAGACGUUCUAGAUCAAAAUCAAGGUCCAGAAGUGGUAGUUUAAGUAGCAGAUAUUCCGGUAAGUCAAAGAAAAAAGCCAAGAAACACAAAUCAAAGAAAUAUUCACCAAGCCCAUCAUACGAAAGAAGACGUUCUCGAACACGGUCACGCAGCAGGGAGAGAUAUUACAGAUCUAGAUCAAGAAGCAGAGGUCGAAGGUCAUGGACAAGGUCGAGAAGUAGAGGUCGAUGGACAAGGUCAAGAAGUAGAGGUAGAAGAUCAGCGUCGAGGUCAAGGAGUAGAGGUCGUAGGUCAUUAUCUCAAAGUAGAGGUCGUAGGUCAUUAUCUCAAAGUUACACAAGAAGAACUCGCAGUCGUGAACGUGAGCAAUAUAGACGAUCUAGAUCAGGCAGUAGAGGUCAGAGGUCAAGAAGCAGGGACAGAUAUCGGAGAUCAAGAUCUAAUUCAGGCGAUAGAUAUCGGGAUAGAAAGAGAAGUCCAGAAACAGAAAGUUCUGAUCCUGCAGUAAAUAUUCCUGGUUUUGAGGAUAUGGCUCCACAUGAAAAGGCUAAAAUAAGAAUGCAGUUGGCUUUAAAAGCAGCAGCUGCAGCCGAUGAGAAGAUAAGAGAAGAAACAGCCAGUCUAGCUCAGAGUGCAGUCUUUAAACCCAAAGAUCCAAUGGCCUUCUCUACAGCUGUUGCGGAAAUUGAAGAUUUUGGUUUCGCGCCCUCAAAGUUCAAAUCAAGUCGGUCGAAGAAAAAGAAGGCUGAUUCAUCAGAGAAAUAUAUCGAUACACAUGAACAAGCCAUGUUUGGUAUUGGUGGAUUAGAAAUUAAAUCAGAAGCUGGUUUUAAUAAACCUAUAACUAUAGAUCCUAACACUCUAGCUCAUACUAAUUUAUACUGUGAUGCACAAGAGAAAAUGGAUAAAUGGAUAAAUAAACUGGCAUCGAUGAGAAGAAAAAAAUAUGAUGGCAUGGCAAUGAUACACUGAUUGAUCAAUUUAUCAGUGAGACAGUUUAAAGGAGCUAAUAUUUGGGACCUAGAAAUUGACAACUACAUGUAAUUCAUGUUUUCAAUGUCGAAGACUUUGGAUGAUACUGAAUUAGAGACUUAGCUACUUUAAAAACUUAGUGAUUGAAAGGUUUGCAGGGACAUUGUACAUUUAUAAGAACAUUCAUGUUUUUAAUGUCAAAGACUUUGGAUGAUAUUGAGUUAGAGACUUAGCUACUUUAAAAACUUAGUGAUUGAAAGGUUUGGGGAGACAUUGUACAUUUAUAAGAACAUUGGUUAUACAGAAGAUUGGUGUAAAAAAAGAAAUUUAGAAAAAGAUUGUAUAUUAUUUUAUUUCAUAUCAAUCGUAUGAAUCAGUGGAGUUUUAUACAAAUUUCUUCAACACUUCUACCAGUCCUUGCCCCCAAGUUCACCAAGCAUUCUGUUUAGUGUUUAUUAGAAAUAUCUUUGUUCCAGAAAAACAAAACUUUGCACAUAGUUUCUUAUUGAUGUAUUUGAAACAUUAAAACAACAAAAGCGUUAUAUAAAGGGC